AUGAUGGGCUUUUUGCGCCGGACUUUUAGCCGUCGCUCGCGAAGCCGCUUCCAGGCAAGAGAGAGGGACGAGCGGGACGGUACGGCCGGAGGAGGGAACCCCUUGCUCAUGGCCCACCAGCAGCAGGUCGUUCACGCGCCUGCCGUGGUCACCGGGGGAGCGGCUGUCCACAUCCCGGCUGCCGGGAACGCGAGGACUGCCAUCACCUGCCGAGUCCUGCUGCUGGACGGCUCGGACGUCAGCGUGGAUUUAUCUAGCAAAAGCAAAGGCCAGGACCUUUUUGACCAAAUCAUGUAUCACAUAGAUCUGGUGGAGGCGGAUUACUUUGGCCUGCAGUACAUGGACACAGACCAAGUCUCGCACUGGUUGGAUAUGUCCAAACAAAUCAAGAAGCAGAUCCGAGAUGGUCCGCCAUUUCGACUGUUCUUUCGAGUAAAAUUUUACUCCUCAGAGCCAAAUAACCUGCGGGAAGAAUUCACAAGGUACCUGUUUGUGCUGCAGCUUCGACAGGACAUUUUGUCUGGAAAAUUGAAAUGUCCAUAUGAUGUCUCAGUAGAGCUGGCUGCCUAUUGUUUGCAAAGCGAGCUAGGAGACUGCGAUCCUUUGGAACACUCUCCUGAGCUGGUGUCGGAGUUCCGCUUCACUCCCAAGCAGAGCGAGGCCAUGGAGGCGGACAUCUUCGGCAGGUGGUUGGAUCUCAGAGGGAAGAGUCCGUCUCAAGCUGAGAUCUCCUUUCUCAACAAAUGCAAGUGGCUGGAGCUUUACGGCGUAGAUAUGCAUUUUGUUAAGGGAAGAGACGGGGGUGACUAUGCACUCGGCCUAACUCCUACUGGCAUCCUGGUGUUUGAGGGUUCCAACAAAAUUGGCCUCUUCUUUUGGCCCAAAAUCACUCGUCUGGACUUUAAAAAGAGUCGACUCACCCUGGUGGUGGUGGAGGAUGACGAUCAGGGCCGUGAGCAGGAACACACAUUUGUGUUCCAGCUGGCCAGCGCCAAGAGCUGCAAGCACGUGUGGAAGUGCGCCGUGGAGAGCCACGCCUUUUUUCGGCUACGCCAGCCAACCACUGGCAAGCCAGGGCGCAGUGACUUCACGCGACUUGGCUCCCGUUUCAGAUUCAGUGGUAAGACGGAGUAUCAGGCGACCCACGGAAGCCGGCUAAGGAGAGCCAGCACAUUCGAGAGACGGCCAAGCAAACGAUACCCCUCCCGUACGCAGUCUCUGGGCAAAGUCGCCGCCAUUUCUCCGGCCAAGCCGCCACGCAUCAGCCCUGAUCCCAGCCUACAUGCAUACCAGCACAACAUCCCGGUAGUGGGUCACGAGGCGUGGCGCCCAUCCCACCCUGCCUACACGCCCUCCGUUUACCUGCAGCCGGCUGCUCACACUCACACGGCACCGCACAGCUUCCCUCUGAGCGGUCCGGCCUCCGACCAUCAGCUCAGCGUGGAAGAGAAUGAGACGUCCUAUUCUGGCAAGGUGCAUCGCCGCCACCGCCGCCACACGCACAGCCAGGAAACGCUCUGCCACACACACAACAAAAUCAAGUGUCAUGCUUCACCUUGUCACGGAGAAGAGUUGGAUAUGUCUCCGUCUUUCCGCAAGGCCGUGGAGUCGGACAGCGAGUGUCCUGCGUGGCCGUCGUUCUGCAUCAACAUGGACAACAAGGGAGAAGAGAAGCAGCUCUCGGAAAAGUCUCUGCACCCCUCCACCGCCUCCUCGCCAGCCCUACUCCCAGACCACCUCAAGUGCAACAUUCUUAAGGCCCAGAUGGAGGCGGCUUUCAGGGACGGUUCAUUGAGUCCAAGAGGAAAGAACGCUAAUAUGCCAUUCAAGGACAGGUAUCAGAACUCUUCUCAAGACUCAUCUGCAUCCAGUUUUUCUACGGACAAAAUGUCCCCGAGACCAGACGGCCGUUUUUCAUCCGACAGGCUUCAGCCAAACUCAAACUCGUGCACCAACCGCAGGAAACGUCUCGUCAGACAAUUCAGCUUUAACCAUGAAGAUGAAGAGAAUCUUCCUGAAGCUCUGGCAGCCAUCUCCUGUGAAAGCACGGGGAAAUCUGGCUCCAGUAGUUCACUGGACAAACAGAUUCAGCCCUCCAUUUACCCACAGGUGGAUAAUGUGCCAACACUGGAAGUGGCUAGUUCAUGCUGUGUCUCCCCUUUGCCUUCUCCCCACCUCUCUCCUUCGUGCUACUGUAGUCCCCUCCCUCACUUGGCCCCUUACCUUGCAGCCCAUCACGACAGUGGAGAGGAAGUGAGGCUGGACAGAGAGAAGAUCCUGCGAGCGCUCUUGAUGACCGAGCUCUGA